AUGGAGGAGACGGCAGCCUUCCGAUCUGACUUCACAGCCUUGCGCAAGGAGCUGGCAGACACCAAGGCCAUCGUCCAGAGGCAGCAGGCCAGUGCCAAUGAGCAGGGCGCCUGGCGGAACAUCAGCUGGCUGGAUGAUCUCUUCGCAAGGGAGCGCCAGGAGAGGGGCCGGGCUGCGGUCUUCAGCCUUGAGAGGCCCAAGCUGAGAGAUGAGAUCUCGGGCUUGAAAACGCUGCUCCGUCGCAGCCUUGACUUUAUGUUGACCAAUGUCUCAGCUUUCACCACCGGUGCCUCAGCUCGAGCAGAACCGACGCUUGGUGGUCGGCGCAGCUGGAGAGAUGGCUGGGCGAUGAGCCAGACGGCGCCCGUGUCAUCUGGGGAUGGUGGCACCGACGGCCUUGGAGAUAUUCUCGUGGAGCCCGACGACAUCAACGGGGAGGAGCAGACCGUGCAUCCCAUCGGCGCUGCGCCUGGUGGGGUGGCGACGCCAAUGGCACCUCCGACGAGGACCAGAAAUCCGACGUCGCCAAAAGCGACGGCUGCAGGGCUCCGAUGCCUUCGGGCCCUCCGACGCCCAAGUCCAGCCGACACACCGGCGGACUUCUUUGUCCAGCUGACUCGCAAGGCCGGCGGUGAUCUACCCGGACUCGCGGAGCAGUUUUGGAGGGGAUGCCGGCUUCGGCGCCUUCGGCCUUGUCCGCCAGUGAGUUCUUGGGGGGCUGCAUCCGCGGGCAUCCCGGCGGAGAGGCCAGAGCCAUGGAAGAUGCCAGACGAAGCUCCUUCCAGCGCCGCAGGGGAGUUUCGCGACUACGGUGGCCGCCGCGGCCAGCAGCAGCAGGUGGCACAGGUACAGCAAAUGGCGGCCUCCGCCACACAGCCACUCAGACUAUACCCACCACGUGGCCUGUGUACAGGAGGUGCAGAGCUGGAGACGUCGCGCGAAACAGAGGCUCAUUGCCAUACAUCCAGUGCCGCAGGAUCUGACACCGGCGCAACAGAUGGCCUCGGCGUGGGGAGUGAGCUCCCAGCGCAGCUCAGUCCUCAGGGUCAGGUUCCGGACGAGGAGCUCCUCACGGAUCAGGACAUGGAGGGUCUGGACGAUUACACCGGUUUCGAAGCGGGAACCGUGACCACCUCGCUGAAAGCUACACUAUGGGGAAUCCUGCUGAUGGAAUUGCAGCUACGUCUGCAAAAGACCGGGACGGACGAGAAAAUGCUGCGGAUCAUGGAGAACGCGGGAUGGGCGCAGCGGUCUCCGCUCCAGUGGUGCUACACAGAAUGGAAUCCAGAACAGGGCAAAGCUCUCCCCAGCAGGAAGGACAAUCUUCCACACGAGGAGGCCAAGACAGCGGUAGCGAGGCUCAUCAAAAGCACCGCCAGAAACGAUGUGGUCUCAAUCGUGCACAUGCUGGCCAAGUCGUUCGACGCCCUCUUCUACGCUGUGACGAAGCGGCGCUCAACCUGGUGCCCUGCUCUACCUCCUGGUUCGCUGAGCCGGCAGCCGGCUGUAGGCGGUCAAGAUGUGGUCAUGAUCCUUCAGGCUCAUGAGGACGAGAUGAAGUCCAUCAAAGACCUCCAUGCCGAUUUCAGAAACAGGCACGGUGCCAGCGACCAGCACCAUGCAAACAUGCAACAGAGAGUUGACUACCUGGAGAAAAUGAUGGGAGACUCGGCGGACAAACAUGCAGCGCAUGUCAAGCAGCUGGAAGAGUUGCGCCGCAGCCACGACGACAUGAGGAACAGGCAUGGUGCCAGCGACCAGCACCACGCAAGUGUGCAGCAGAGAGUUGACUACUUGGAAAAAAUGAUGGGAGACUCGGCGGACAAACAUGCAGCGCAUGUCAAGCAGCUGGAAGAGUUGCGCCGCAGCCACGAUGACAUAAGAAAGAAGCAUGGGGCCAACGACCAGUACCAUGCAAGUGUGCAGCAGAGAGUUGACUACCUGGAGAAAAUGUUGGGAGACUCGGCGGACAAGCACGUAGCGCAUGUCAAGCAGCUGGAAGAGUUGCGCCGCAGCCACGAUGAUGCUCACGGCCGACAUGCGAAUGUUGCCCAAGCACUUAAGGAUAAGCAUGCCUCCGUGGAGGAGCGGCUUAAGUUCUUGGAACAAGCGAUUGGUGACUCUGCAGAUCGACAUAGUCAAGAAUUGAAGCAAGCCAAAAUGCAACUGGAAGCUUUGCACGGAAAGCUUUCGGAUGAGCAGGGACACCGAGAAGGCCGAGACAAGCAUCAUGCGACACUGGAGGAGAGGAUGCGCUACCUGGAGCAGGCUCUCGGAGACUCCGCUGACAAGCAUUCCCGAGAGCUGAAGGCGCACAAAGACGGCCGGGACAAGCAACACGCUUCUCUUGAGGAAAAGGUGAAGUACAUCGAAAAGCUCAUUGGCGACUCUGCUGAUGAACAUGCGAAAAAGCUCGAAGCUCACAAAAGAGAUCUGGAGGACCACAAGAGGAACCUUGAUGAUCACAAAAUGCAGGCCCAGAGCCAGAAGGCAACUGUCGAAAGGCAUGCUUCUUUCGAGCAGCGGCUAGACUUCUUGGAGCGUGCUCUAGGAGAUUCGGCUGAGCACCAUACAGGCCAGCUGCGUGCCGCCAAGGCAGAGCUGGAGCAGAAGCAGCAGGCGCAUCAUGCAGCGACGGGCUCACUGGCAGACCGUCUCCAAUACUUGGAAAGAUGGUUCGGCGGGCUGCCUGGUUUUCAACCUCCUCAGACUGGAACUGGCGGAGCGACAUUGAGGCCUGCUUGGCCCUCGCGAUCCGCAUGA